GGUUGGGUUAAGUUAGAUCUUGGACACUACAUAAGUGACAGAAGAACCGACAGCCACCUCAGAUUCUGCAGACCAUCCGACGCCUGAAGCCCAGAAGCUGAAUUCACAUUUGAUUGAAACCUUAGCUAUUGUACUUAGUAUUGUAUUUGUUGGUUAUUUAUUGCAUUUAAAAGUUUGUUAUAAAAAGAAAAGUAACCAAUUAAAAGAAAUUAAAUAGCUUACAAAAACUGCCUACCUAGGUUUUAAUUGAGUUUUUUUAGACUUUGAGCAUCAACACAUCACAAAGGAGUCUUACGACCAAAUUUUCCAGCUACAAUCAUGGAGGAUGCAGAUAAGUUGUGCGAGUUACUUUUCUUGUGGUUGAAAAAGCGAAUGGAGUGUGCUGAUAAGCUGUCAGCUCUGGCGCAAGAACUGGAAAAUCUGCACAAGGGCACCAACAUCUCUCAAGUUGUCGGAUCUGUCAUUUCAAUAUUUGGGACAGCGCUUGCCACAGUCUUCACAGCAGGUCUUGCUGCCCCUCUACUGGCCGCCGCCGCCGCUACAGCGGGCAGUGUUGUCAGCCUCACGUCCACAUUGGUAGAGACAGGCAUAUCCAUAAGUACCAUGAAUACAGCUACUGCUUUAAUCAUAGAAGAUCAGAAGAUUGGGAAGAACAUUCAGGAGCUUCUGCAAGGUUUGAGGGAGAGGUGUGGAGGGAUGCAGCUUUGGGCUCAUGCCUCUGGAGGUUCCACCUCUGAUACUGUGGAAUGUGAGGUGGUCACUCUUCUUAUGGGGGCUCUGGCUAGACGAAAUAAGAUUCCGGUUUCUCUGGACAUGCUCAGAAGCUUCAACAGCGCCACGUUCUUUCGUCAGGAAGGUGGAUUGAAUUCUGCUGAUGCUCAUCGCUUAAUUUCCAAAGCUGUUGGCCUUGUUGUCAAACUAGGCAAGAGCGGAAUAAUGGAGGUUUCAAAAGUAUCAGCCAAAGAAAUGGUGAAGGACAUUGGAUCCAUUGGUAUGAGAACUGCUGUUAAAACAGGAUCAAGGGUGCUGGUUGGUUUAGGUGUGUCUGUGUAUGACUUGAUUGUGAGUAGUGAAGAACUGGUGAAGGGCAAUCAGGUCACAGAAGCAAGCCAGUUCCUACGGGAUUCAGCAAGGGAAAUACUGAGCGCCGUGAGGAAGCUGAAGGACCAGCUGAAUGCAAUGCAUGAGAUCAUCCAGAAAUUGCUACGAGUGGAGAAGCUUGUCAAGGAUUUGGGGGGAUAUUCCCUUGCCAUGAAUGAGGAUGAGCAAAUCCUCAUGAAUUACAUCAUAGUAACAUGCACUGACAGCACGGUGGUCUCCUGGCUUCAGCAGCCCAAUCAUCAGACUGAAUUUCUGAACCUCAUUCGUUUUUUUAAUGUGAAUUUGAUUGGCCUUCUUAAAGAUUUGCAGGAGCAUCAAGGAAGUCACGUAGACAUUGUGAUUGUGGCUCAUGGCGAAAUCACUGAUCAGUUUAUGCCAGCUAGGUGCCUUGCUCCCUCACCUAUCAUUGAAACCAUUCUGUACACUCCGUGGAACUGCAGUAUUGACAGCAAUGCUGUGUAUUCAAUUGCUCAAGGGACCAUUAGAUUGAGGGAUAGAGUUUUCCAAAAUAGAAAUAAUAAUAGAGUUCAAUUUGAGCCAAACCCUUUGCCCAAUCGCUGGAAUUGCAUGCGAGAUUCACGUCCCGACAUCCCAAUGAUCCUUCUGAGGCCUGUGGUUCCUGAAGAAGAAGCGUGGAGAGAGUUUCAGGCCCUACAAAGUGUAGGCAUGGAAUUAGAUGGCCGUGUUAUUAUUCCAUAUAUUGUCCCACAAGCUUUGGUAAAUGCGUAUGGGAAGAUUCCUUUGUAUGUGUUUAUAUUUGCGGCAUGGUUUAUACUCAUUAUAACAGGAACGAAAGCCACUGUUCACCUGGGUGCUUGUUUGGGCCGUGCGGGAAGCACACAAAGGCCACAGAGGUGGCGGGCACAAUACGCAUAUACAAAUGAUGGAACCUUUAUGACUGCAAAUGUAGAUAUGGUGAAUGUUAACUCUGUGUUAUUCAGAGCCUUAAGAUCCAUGUUUGACUGAAAUAUAAGAUGAAUGACUGUCAUGAAGUCAACAACAGCUGGAUCCUACCUGUUAUGCAACCUGUAGCAGACAUAAAAUAGUUUAGCAUUUUUCUUUAUAUGUUUAUAUGAAAUGUAAUUUGAACUCAAGCAUCUAGAGUUAAUCAGUGAGAUUUAUUUUGGUUUCUUUACUUUUUUGCACAUCUUAUAUCUUUUAAAAUAAUUACUUUUGUCAGAUAAGUGCUGCAUCAUUGAUUUUAUUUAGUUAAUAAUUUAAUCUAGCAGUUUUUUAUUUUGCUGUACCCAUUGAUUUUCUAUAACAUGGCAAAGAAUCAAAUCUGAAAUAUAUCCAGAAACCUGAUUCAAUUUGAUUAUUUUAAAGACUUCAUGGACUGUACUGUACCUUAAAAUAGCUCA